AUGGCGUUCCAAAGAGCUGACCCUUCUCCCUUCCUCCCACCAAAUAUGCACCUGGAGCAUGUGGAGAACCGACAGUUCAUGGUCAGGGCGGUGGCAAGCUCAAGGCCGCUCCCACGACACGAGGACUGGGCGAUCGCCACCAUCAACCCUUUGCCGGGUAUUGCUCUGAACUUUGAUGCAGUCAGUGAUGUCCUAGAUGAUUUCUUUGCGGAUGUGGCAAGAGUUCAGAUACGUUCGAUUCAGCGUACCCACCUUGGUCAGGCUCUUGUUCGGUUCAAUCGGGUUUAUGACAGGGAUACUCUGAUUGCCAAUAGCCCUCAUCAGUUUGAUAAUGUUUCCAUUUCCUUAAUUUGUGAGGCACAACCAAGGCCGUAA